AUGGCGGCUCUUCAGCGGGGCCCAGUGAGCCCGACCAGGGAUGAACGGCGCGGACGGUUGACGGUAAUGUUCACUGACUGGCCCUUCGAUUGCUGGCGGAGUCCCGAGCCGAUGGGUUUCGAUAAUGAGACCGGGGUCGUUUGUUUCCGAAACUGCAUUUUUGUGAUUUUGAUGCAUAUGCCGGCCCUCGUACACUGGCUCUACCAUCACCUUCAAACUCCAUGCGUUGAAACAACACAGACUGGCGAGUGUGUUGCAUGCCUCCUUGGCUUUAUCGCUCAGAAGUACCGUGCCUACGGCAAAUUGAAAAACCAAGCUGAAUUGAAUAGCUUGGCGAAAGAGACGUUCGAAUGUUGUCAAAGGAAAUUCUGGGAUCUAGAAGUCAGUGCACAGCAGGACGCUGAAGAGUUUUUCAGUAAGCUUCUAAAUCAUCUGAUAAGCCGGUUCGAGCAUUCCCAACAGGAUGAUCGAUUCUUGAGGCAUAUGUUUCAGACCGUCUAUAAAAUCCGCAAGGAAUGCGAGAAGUGCGGCAUUGUUUCGUAUGAAAAGGAAUACGAUUAUAUAGCGCGCAUUUCGCCGCUCGAAGACACAGCCUCCACGCUUUAUGAGGCUCUUGAGCGAUCACUCACCGGCGAUGUGAGCCGCAUUUGCGAAAGCUGUAGGCAUAGUGGUCUACUGACACGGCGCACCUUCGUUAGGGACGCGCCCGAAAUCCUCGUUUUCCAGAUCAAUCGCCACGGUGAAAAGGAGGGUAAGCUGAUGGGGCAAAUACGAUAUGACGAAAACAUUGUGUUAACUGAAUUGCUCGAACCGUAUGCGCGAGAGAAAGGCGAGGUGUUAACCUAUGAACUGUAUAGUGCGGUUCUACAUAAAGGGGAGGAUGUCAGCUGCGGCCAUUACACGGCCUAUGUCAGGACCCCUGAAGAUAAAUGGGCUCAUGUAAAUGAUGACGAAGUCCAAACAGCUGCCUUGAACGAUGUCCUCUGUACGAAGGGCUCUCCGUUUGGCGAACCAUAUAUCUUGGUUUAUAUGCGGAAGCCACUUCAAUGCGCGGACAAUAACAUCACCAAGUUGACGGUUGAUGACAGUCUAUUCAAUGGAACUUUACCGCCUAUGGACCAAUCGACUCUAAGACCCACUAGAGGCGCCGAAGUCCCUCCGCAGACCGAAACAACUUCUGCUGAACAAGACCAAGAGGCUGAAGCGGCCAUGGAGGCGAGUUUUGAACUCCCAAAUCUUGAAGAUGACCCAAACAUUGAAAUCGGAAACUCGCCCCCAAUUCACACAGCAAAAGUGCCACUAGCAACCAGGUGGGAAGGUCAACCGGCAGAGAUUACCGUCAACGUUACUAUGGGCGAGAUGGUUUUAACCGGAGUCCUCAAGGCAAACGGGUUCAAUCCCGUCACAGAAGCCAAAGGGGGUGGAAAAGCGGCAAAAGCUGCCGAAACAAGCCGGCCACCAGGCAGCAGCAGCAGCAGCUUAGAAGGCUGGGGAAUAGCUCCGGCUUCACUGGGGUGCCUCUCUACGCUGGUCCCCCUACGACCAUCAACAUCUCAUCAAAACCAGGCCAACAAUCCACUUUCUUCCUUGCCCCCGGAGGUUCUUUCAAAGAUUAAACCCCUCCUUCUGACUCUACAUUGCCUGUUCCCCAAUGAAUUCCUCCUGGCGCUAGACAUCCUAGACCGGAAGCUCGUCAGAAGAUACAGUCUCGCAGACGACAACACCGCCCACGGAACGUACUUUGUGCUCUCUGCAUCCUCCAGAACGGCUACGGGAUCAGACACAAGCCACACACAGGCAAGAUUGUAUCUGCCGGAAAAAUACUACCAAAUACACCUGCAUUCAUGGAACUGUACCUGCCCCGCGUUCGCGCUGGCCGCCUUUUCGUCUUUGGAGGAAUUCGCGCCGGAGCAGAAUUCAGAACAAGUCGAUGAUCCGUGGCUGCCGCCGUCGUUGUCUUCAGCCCUGCGUGCCGGAGAUGCUGUGUGGGACUGGCGGUUCGGUGGAACUCUGGGGAGGAAAGUCGGAUCUUCGCAUGGCCCACCUAUGUGCAAACAUCUGCUGGCGUGUCUUCUGGCAUCGCAGUGUUCCGGAUUAUUUGGGCAUGGGGUGGAACAGGUCGUGGUGAGCGAGGCCGAAAUGGCGGCGCUGCAUGCGGGAUGA